AUUGUAGAAAUAGUUUUUUUUUUAGUUUUAAUAGUGUGUGUUUUAGUCGGAGUAGCUUUUGUAACUUUACUUGAACGUAAGAUUUUAGGCUACGUUCAAAUUCGUAAAGGUCCAAAUAACGUUGGCUAUAUGGGGAUUGUACAGCCUUUUUCUGGUGCAGCAAAACUUUUUACUAAAGGGCAAGUCGUUCCCACUGUGUCUAAUUUUCUAGUAUAUUACUUAUGUCCUGUAUUCAGUUUGUUUAUCUCUUUAUUAGUGUGUUGUGUUUUACCUUAUGAAACAGGUUUGAUAAGAUUUAAUUUAAGAGUUUUUUCUUUGUGUUGUUUAAGUGUCGGGGUUUAUUCAACUAUAGAAGCUGGAUGGUCUUCAAAUUGUAAGCAUUCUUUAUUAGGACCCUUACGAGCGGUUGCUCAAACUAUUCCUUAUGAUGUUAGGUUGGCUUUAAUUUUAUUAUCUUUUGUGAUAUUAAUUGGUGGUUUCAACUUAGAGUUAUUUAAUAAAUAUCAGAAUUAUUUUUGGUUUAUUAUGAUUGGUCUUCCUUUAAGGACAGUGUGGUUUAGAUCUUGCUUGGCGGAAACUAAUCGAACUCCGUGUGGUUUUGCUGAGGGAGAGUCUGAGUUAGUAUCGGGGCUUAACACCGAAUACAGAGCUUUAACUUUUACAGCGAUGUGUUUCACCAAGGUGAAACACAUCGACGCAAUCCCGAGCAAUAGAAGUAAUGGGAGGGUGUAUUUUAAACCCACGAUGAUGAAAAAGACUAGAUAAGAUUCAAGGAGCGACGUGAACACAUGUGACUCGAUUGAAAAGUGUUGCAACGCCCGGCGACAAGUGGAAAAAGACAGCUUGUCACGAUGAAUCCAUUACGUGUGUGAGCAAACGCGUUGUGGGUAUUAAGUAAGAAAAGGUUGAGGCUCUGACCGUUUACUUUAUAGAAAGACAUAACUGGAAUAAAAAGUGUUGCAAUGCCUUGAGAGAGUGCACCAGUUGGGGAAAAACAGCUUGGGACGUGGAAUCUAUUGACUGCGUGUGACCUACCGCGUUGUGGGUAAAGAAUAAGAAAGGGAGGAGGCUCAGAGCGUUUACGUGCGAUGAAAAAGAAACAAGCACCUUUCCACUUCUGACCUUCUAUCUGAUCGCCAGUAUGGGUUCCGCAAGGGGCGUCCUACUGGCGAUCUUUUUGCUCUCUUAACUGACUCUUAGUCAUCCUCUCUUAGCCGUUUCGGUGAAACUUUCUCAGUUGCGCUAGACAUAUCGAAAGAUUUCGAUAGAGUCUGGCACAAGUCUUUGCUUUCUAAACUGCCCUCUUUCGGAUUCUAUCCCUCUCUCUGUUCCUUUAUCUCCAGUUUCCUUUCUGGCCGUACUAUUUCUACUGUGGUAGACGGUCACUGCUCUUCCCCUAAACCAAUCAACAGUGGCGUUCCACAGGGCUCUGUCCUAUCACCCACUCUCUUCCUGUUAUUCAUCAAUGAUCUUCUUUCCAUAACAAACUGUCCUAUCCACUCAUACACUGACGACUCCACUCUGCAUUAUUCAACUUCUUUCAACAGAAAAGUCUCUCAACAGAAAUUACAAGACUCUAGGCUGGAGGCUGCAAAACGCUUAACCUCAGACUUUGCUAUCAUUUGCGACUGGGGUAAAAGGAACCUUGUGUCCUUUAAUGCCUCAAAAACCCAAUUUCUCCACCUAUCAACUCGACACAAUCUUUCAAACACGUAUCCCCUAUUCUCCGACAACACUCAGCUGUCACCUUCUUCAACACUAAGGAUCUUCGUCUCAUCAGCUCUCCUCCUCUUACUGAUAGUCUUCUAUCUCUUAAAUUCCGUCGCCAUGUUGCCUCUCUUUCUAUCUUCUAUCAAUAUUUUUACGCUGA